UUUUCUUAACUUCUGUUUCCGCUUGCUCUGUAGUGUCUCUAAAGCCAACCACCUUUCAACUUCUACCUUAGCUACUACACAAUGUGUAAGACGCAACUUUAAUCUGACAGCAUCAUCAUCAUCAUCAUCAUCAUAAACAUCAGAAUGCAGCAUUUGGUGUUCAUCAUGUUUUGGUUGUCUUGUGCAGAUUGUACCAAGCCAUUUGAGCACAAUACUCAAAACCAGAUGAACAGAAAUGUUUCAAAGGGAGAGAAUGUUAUUUUACACUGUGAUGGAAAUCGGACUAGUAAAUCUGAAGAUAUUGGCUGGCGUAAAGACAAGAUUCUUCUUUUUAACUACAGCCCAGGAAUAAACCAAACUGUGAUCAACUACACAUCAGACAGGAUGCAUGUUGACCCACAAAAUCCAAGAAAACUACAGAUAUCUGAUGUACAGCCUUCAGAUGCAGGAUUAUACUCAUGUUUCCCAUUCGACAAGGAGUGGAUAUUGACUAUAGCAGCUUUUGCCAAUUCAGACAGAGAAAUACAACAAGACAAUAUAUGGCCAUUCUACAUAGUUUUUUCAGUAAGCACAGUGUGUGUCACAGUUUGUCUCUUCUGUGGCGUGUGUCUUCACAGGAAAUGGAAAGAAAGAGCAGCCUCUGAUCCAACUGAAUCUAGCAAUGAGCUUGCAAAGGUAUAUAAAGAUUCUGCCCAUUACAGUGAGACGAUAACUAUCUGUGUCUACACCGUGACAAGCUCAGAUAACUUUUCCAUUGGCUUUAAAUCCUGAGCAUCAACCAUUACUACUUUACAGAGUCACCAGUUCUUCCUUCUACAGAAACAGAAGUCUGGAUCUUAAAACCUUUGCAUGUUCUUUAGGAAGCAGAUGUUUGUAUGUUCUACAGCUAACAACUGUUUUAAUGACUGAGUUAAAGAGGCAUUUCUGUAUUUAUAUUUGUGUUGUUUCUGAAAUAUAUGUCAGUUGAAUGCUUAUUUGAAAUUAACAAAAAAAAAAAAGCAUAAAUGUUGUAUUUUUGCCACUGGGGGUCAGCAGAUCCUAAAAUAUAUAUUGAGGGUAUCUGGGGAUUUUUAAAUAUCAAAUGUAAAACUUCUAAAGUUGCUUUUAACAGGUGAAAAUUACACAUGAACACAAAAAUGAUAAACUUCAUAAUAAUGCAAAUUCAUUAUCUGCCAAGGUUCCCAGUAAAGACUGUACACAAAGCAAGUGGACUUAUUAGGUAAUAAUAGCCAUGCUGCAGAUGGGCUGCAGAGCGUGCUUGUACUGGUAAUUUUGACAAACCUGCUCCCUUAAUAGUUCAAAUUUCUGUCAUUUUGCAGCAUAAUACUGUGUCUGUGGCCAGGGCUCUUCACCGUACUACUCUCUUUUAUGAUCCACUCCAUGCUCCAGCUUCUUCUUUGCAUUUGCACACCACUUUUGAUUGUCAGAUAUAGCCAAAGAGGCUGUUCGUUUAUGACGGUGGGUCAUGUAUUGGCAUUUUCCCACUUCAAUACUGAUUCGUAGAUUUUGAAGGUCCGUCAUUCACUCAUCAUAUCAUAUGUCAAACCAUGCUGUCUGCUCAGGAGGAAGGACAGAACGACCCCCAGGACACUGGAAAAUGUCCUGGUGCUCUACAGUAGCUGGCCAGUCCGCCCCUGUAAGUGAGGUUCAAGUUCAAAAAACUAAAUCAGUCCAAAAUCCAAAGAGAAAAGCUGGAAAGCAUGUAAAAACAACAAAAUUAUUAUUCUGUGGCUGUGGACAAAAAUCUAAUAUAUUAAGCUCAAAGUUUCCAGGAGAACCUAAUUAUUAGAUGAUAUACAGUACAGUUUUGUGUGCAAUAAUCCUAAAGUCAAUCUCAACCCAAACAAUUUCCAACAGCAGUCAUUCCCCAUUUUUAAUUUAAUUUAUGAUGCAAAAAAAUAUAUUUAAGCAAAUAUUUAGCAAAAGACAGCAAAUACCUUGGACUAUAUGCAACAGUUUAUAUUUUUAAUGCAAUU